AUGGGCUUCUUCUACUCUCAAGUUUUUGUCCGACCUUCAUAUCCCACCCAGUCCUUUGAUGGCCAGACGGUGCUCAUCACUGGCGCCAACGUAGGUCUGGGUCUCGAAGCUGCUCGGCAUGUGGUCCGACUGGGUGCUGCUCGAGUGAUUCUGGGUGUGCGAAAUGUCCCUGCAGGAAAGGCCGCCAAGGAAGACAUUGAAGCUUCGACAGGCCGCCCAGGUGUCUGCGAAGUAUGGGAGGUAGACCUGGCCUCCCACAGCUCAACCCUUGCCUUUGGCGACCGAAUUGCACAGCUCCCUCGCCUCGAUGCCGCAAUCCUCAAUGCAGCCUUGGCCACUCGGACCUUCCAAGUGGCCGAGGGCUACGAACGAACCAUUACCGUGAACGUGAUCAACACAUUGCUUCUCGGCCUCCUCAUCCUCCCUCGACUCAAGGCAACUGGACAAGAGUUUCCAUCGUCCCAGCCCCGUCUAGCCUUCGUUGUUAGUGAAGUCCAUGCAUGGGCACAUUUCACUGAGUGGAAGGACACAGACAAGCCGAUGCAGCUACUGUCUGAUCCUGAAAAGGCCAAAAUGCCCGAGCGAUACCCAAUGUCCAAGUUGUUGGAGGUACUGCUUGUGCAAGAACUUGCUGGCCGGACUCGCGGCUCCGAUGUGAUCAUCACCAUGGUCAACCCGGGUCUGUGUCAUUCAUCCCUUGCUCGUGAGGCGGGCUGGCAGCUCGCUGUGAUGAAGCUAGUGCUUGCAAGAUCGACCGAAGUGGGAGGGCGCACCCUGGUGGCUGGCAUCUCCACUGGCAUCGAGGGCCAUGGUGCUUACAUGACGGAUUCCACUGUGGACAAUGCCAGUUUGUCCCCAUUUGUACGCAGUGAAGACGGACGCCCGGCUCGAGAAAAGCUUUGGAAGGAAUUAUCGGCGAUCCUCGAACCCGUCCGGCCUGGGAUUAUGCAGACCAUUUGA